AUGGCGACAGGCCUCUUUGCGUCGCUUCCGAAACCAAAAUAUACAGGCGAACACGAGUCUGUACCUGUUCAUGCUCAACCUAAAGGUCCUCGAAUCGUUGGACCUGGAGUGAUUGACGAGUCGCAGAUUGUUCUCAAGCGCUCGGGCCCUCCUUCAUAUGGACAACGCUCAGGAUGGAGACCUCGAUCCGCAGAAGAUUUUGGCGACGGUGGCGCCUUUCCAGAGAUUCCGGUCGCACAGUACCCGUUGGACAUGGGCCGGAAAGGCACUUCCUCCACUUCAAAUGCCCUGGCCCUACAAGUUGACGCCGAAGGCAAAGUCAAGUACGAUGCUAUCGCUAGACAAGGACACAGCGAAAACAGAGUCAUCCAUUCCAGUUUCAAAGACCUCAUACCCUUACGACAACAGGCAAACGCUGGAGAUUUGAACCUGGACAGACCUAGCCAAGAAGAGGUGGCUGCGAGUGCCGAGAAGACAAGGUUAGCAUUAGAGAAAUUGGUGUCUGGGGCGGUUGCUGCCCAGAAGCCCAAGAAUGUCAAAGGUGUGAAUCGGGAGGAGCCAACAUAUGUCCGUUAUACGCCCGCAAAUCAAAUGGGCGACAAUUCGAUCAAGAACGACCGCAUUUUCAAAAUCGUAAAACGACAAGAGGACCCCAUGGAACCACCAAAGUUUAAGCAUAAGAAAAUCCCUCGAGGACCACCCAGCCCUCCGCCUCCAGUCAUGCAUUCACCACCCAGGAAAUUGACGGCCGAAGAUCAAGAAGCCUGGAAGAUCCCUCCACCAGUAUCCAACUGGAAAAAUCCAAAGGGAUACACUGUCCCACUGGACAAGCGCUUGGCUGCUGACGGUCGAGGGUUGCAAGAUGUGACUAUCAACGACAAAUUUGCGCAGUUUGCAGAAGCACUUUUCACCGCGGAUCGCCAUGCACGAGAGGAAGUGAAAUUGCGAACCCAGAUGCAACAGAAACUAGCCGAGAAGGAAAAACUUGCCAAGGAGGAUCAUCUCCGAGAGAUGGCAAGAAAAGCACGAGAAGAACGGCAGAAUGCAUCUGGUUCUGGCCGGAGAGGUUCAGAAUCAAGGCGGCGCUCACGAUCUUAUUCAGGUUCAUCCUAUGACUCAAGGUCACAGGAUGACAGUCAGGAUGAGGCUGAGCGAGAACGAGAACGUGCCAGGCGGGAACGAAAGCAGGAGAAUGAGCGACAGAUGCGACAAAGUAGAAUGGGAACAGAAAAGAAGAUCCAGAUGAUGGCACGAGAGCAGAACCGCGAUAUUUCUGAGAAGGUGGCUCUUGGCCUCGCGAAACCAACUCAGAAUAAAGAGACCAUGUAUGAUUCGAGAUUAUUUAAUCAAUCAUCCGGGUUUGAUACAGGUUUCAACGAGGAUCAACAUUACGAUAAGCCUUUGUUCGCUGCUCAAGAUGCCAUUAACAGCAUUUAUCGACCAUCGACCAACCAGGAUGAUGACGAUGGGGAGGAUGCUGCGGAUUCGACCAUGAGCAGGAUUCAGAAAUCGAAUCGCUUCGACACGUUGGGAACAUCCAAAAACUUCAAAGGAACAGAGUUGUCGGAGCGGAAUGAAGGACCUGUACAAUUCGAGAAGGACAAAGAUGACCCAUUUGGUAUUGAUAGUUUGAUUGGUGAAGCUUCAGGAAGACAAACCGCAGAGAGCAAGAAAAGAUAUGGCCUGGAAGAAGCUGGCCCGAGCGAGAGAGAAAAGAAAAGGGCCAGAGUGGAUGAGGACGACUAG